CGUUGAUCCCGUCAACAUCUGUAAUUACUCAGGUAAACUCAGACGAUGACAAAUCAUGCCACAGUAAUGAUGAUCUUUCUUUUGAUGAUAUUUGUACAAUCUAUCAAAAUACACGCAGGGGAAAAUGAAAAAGAAGCAGCGAAGUUAGCAUUAGAGUAUGUCAGCCGAGUAGAACAAAGUCCAUGUACUGGUGGAACAGAAGAAACACUAGACCUUAUUUUCAACCAUACAACUUGGAGAGAAUACACCCAACCAGCUAUUCUAACAUCAAACUUUUUAACAUCAGUUAUAUUGGAAAACGGUGGUUCACUAGAUACAUUGACGGACGAAAUACUUUUCUCCUUAGUGCGGAACAAUGUAAAUGGCCAGUCGAUUAUAUUUGGAUCUGCUAUUGCUAUCGAAACAGGGUUAUAUACAAAAUAUUCUUCAUUCUGUCCAUAUGCUUACCGCAAAAAUGGAACCGUCUUUGCCCAUGAUAUUUCUUUGUCAUAUAAUUACCUAGACAGCAACACUGAGUGGUAUUACGUCUUAAAGACAACAGACUGGGAGAAUGCAACUAGAACUAUCUCAAAGAUUAAAUAUAGGUCAGGAGGUGUGUCGCUACCAGAACAACAAAAUGUUUUACUGACAGCUAAACUGUUAGAUGGUCACUGGACCAUGCCAUACUUCGAUUGUGGUGGAGGUGAUGUAUGGAUGGUUACAUUCUCGUCUCCUAUAUUUUCCUUGAACGGAGGUGGAGAGCCAAAGUUUCAAGGUGUAGCCACCAUUGAUAUUGAGCUAACAAAUAUCGACAUAAACCAAUGUGAUCCUGACACCAGUACGUUUAGUGCUUUAGAUGUGUUUCGGGGAACUCAUAGAUGUCCUGAAACAACAGAGUGCAAUUUUCUCCCUGGACUAGGGUUUAAAAGAGGAGCAUACCAGUGUGUUUGCAGUAAGGGAUACUAUUUCCCCGAUUCAAAUUCUGAAGUAAAAGCUUUUAGUGGUAAAGAUGUAGAAAAUUACUUGAGUCUGUCAAAUACAACAGAUUUUACACACUAUACAUGUCUAUCGUGUAAAGAGGGAUGUACUGAAUGUGUGGAUGACUCCCCAUGCUUGUACGAGUUCCUGUUUGUCUUCAGAUUCAUGGUAUUACUGAUUACUAUGUUGACGUGUACUGCUAUUGGAAUUCUCUUUAUUGUCACAGCAUAUUUCAGGAAUGAAUUGGCUAUUAAGACCGGAAGUCCCAUUUUCUUGCUGUUCAUGUGUGCUGGCGGUAUGUUAAUGUGUAGUACGGGAUUCUUUGCCUAUCCAAAAGCUUUAGAAUUUCUCUGCGUCAUACAAAUUUGGGUAUUUCAUAUAGGUUUCAACUUUAUGUAUGGUGCAUUAGUGGUUAAGACAUGGAGAAUAGCUGUCAUUUUCAGACCAACAAGUAAAUUGCAGAGAAUCAAUUUACCGGACAAGGAACUCUUAAAGAGGUUUUUCCCAAUGAUGAUAUUUGUUAGUGUUUACCUUCUCGCCUGGUCGAUAGCAGAGAAAGGGGAAACAGGAACCCUAGAAACUUCCAGUUUACUAAAAUAUGAUGUUUGUUUGAGUAGUUACUGGCUUUAUGCCAUUCAAUGUGCUGAAGUCUGUCUCCUUUUGGUUGGUGUAUAUAUCUGUUACAUGGUGAGAAAAGCACCAGGUCAUUUCAACGAAAGUAAAUAUAUUACAUGGUCAAUCUACAACGGAAUCAUACUAGGAAGUUUUCUGUUGAUUCUUACACAUUUAAUUGGUCAUUCAUAUGGACCAGAUCUGCUGUAUCUUUUACAAGGUUUACAGAUUCAAGCAUUUGUUACAAUAACAUUGACAUUAAUUUUCAUUCCAAAGUUAUUAGCAUUAUACAAAAAAGAGGAUGUUAAGAGAGCCAACGAUACGUUCGCCACAGCAUACGCCAGCAAGUAUAUCAGAACAAAUAAUAUUGAAGGUGCCUCUACUAAGACAGUUGGUACACAGACGUAUGAAAACGUAACACCAGACCCUAAGGAGAAAACAUUUUGGACGUCACUUACCAAGAUUUCUAAUAACAGAGUAGAACCCAUAGUCGACCAUUUGUCUGUUCCAACAACACGAUAACAAAGAAAGUGAAACGAUAAUAAAAAUCCAUCAUACGUGGUUGACAUCGAAAGUUGUCAAGUGGAUAGAGUUGUUCCAGAGGGCUCAUUGUCUGUGUUAUAACCAUGAUGUAGUUUAACUCGUAUCAGUGAUACAUUUAAAUCACUUAUAUAAACCCAUCUUAGUUUUACAACAAAUGGUCCAUAUAAGCAAUGAAAGGGUGUAUGUCCAUGAACAUCUUGCCUAAUUGUACCAUGUUUAGUGUAUGUGGUAAGUCAAGCUAUGUAUAGCUAUGUAGGGAAAGUGUUCUUCGUUAUUGUAUGUGUCUCAGUUUGUUUGUCGAUUUCUUCAAAUCGUAUGAAUUGGGUGUAGCUGGUUGAUACGGAAGCCGGUAAGGGCCAUUCCAAAACACACGACAUAGCAUGCAUCACUAUGUCGUAAUUUCGACAUAACUUGUCGUUAUUGCGACAUCGUCAUGUCGUAAUUUCGACAAAAAAUGUCGUUAUAACGACAUCGUUAUAUCGUUAUUUCGACACAAUAUCUUUAUUUUAAAAAACAUUUGUCAUAAUUGAUCAAACUUGAUAAACGUGUGCACUAUAAGGUCCUAUUCAAGUGUUGUAACUUAUAGGUUCCAAUUAGUAAAAACUCAUGACCGCCAAGGG